AUGGACGGCCUCCUCGGCAUCGUCACCGCGAUCGUCGUCGUCCUCGCACUGCCAUUGCUCCUCGCGGGCGCCCACUACCGCCGCUAUGCAGGCGUCUUCACCGGCUUCUUCCUCGGCGCUGGCUUUGCCGUCGCGUUCGGCGCCGUCGGCUUUGCCAUUCUCGCGAUCGCGCUGGCGAUGGCGGUGCUGGGCGGACUCUGUCUUCGCGGCAGCGGCCUCUGCACCGUCGCCGCCGCUGUCGCCGCUCUCACGCUGGCACUCUGCGAUGCAAAUGACGUGGCCAGCGCGACGGCCAACGUCGUAUCGCUCGUCGUCGCGGUCGUUUUCGGCGCGUUUAGCAGCGACGUCGACGCAGCGAUCGUGCUGGCUUCGGCGCUGGACGGCGCGCUCGUCGUGACGACAUGCGGCCUCGUAUGGACCGACAACCUCGACCCGCACGCGCUCUCGACGAUUGGCUCGCGGACGUAA